AUGGCUAUAAAGUUGAAUGCUCCUAAUUAUUACCUUACAGAUUCAGUUCUUCCACCAUAUAAACCUGAAUUAGUCGAUGAAACUCAAGAACUUUUCAAUUCAAUACCUAUUACUACUGAUAUUAUUAGCAAUAAGAUUUGUGAAGAGAGUUUUUAUAAUAAUAUAGCUGAAAAAUUCGAGACUCAAAAUCAAUGGAAUGAUUCUGAACAAUUCUCAAGCAUUACUGAAACUAAGAUUGAGAUACCUGAAUCCUUAGCCACUUUGUGUCUGCCUCUGGCAAUUUCUCUAUCUUCAGAAUUCCUUAUUAAAAGUGAAUCUGAUAUAGAUACCCUUAUUCUUCUUUUACAGCAAAAAUAUCAAAUGUCUCAAGAAAAAUUAGAUUAA